CUCUAGAGGAGUGGAGCCGGCAGCCGGGGCGGACUGAGCUGCUGCAGACGGGUUACUCGAGCCAGCACUGCCGUUCUCGCGCCCUGAGCUGCAGACAGCCAGGAGGCUUUAUCUAGUUUGAACCAGGCUGCUGGAGCUCGCUCCCUCCCUCCAUCCCUCCCUCUCUUUUCCACGAGGCUGGGUUUUUUUAUUUGGCCGCAAUUGCAUGAAAUCCCAAUGGUGUAGACCAGUGGCGAUGGAUCUAGGAGUUUACCAACUGAGACAUUUUUCAAUUUCUUUCUUGUCGUCUUUGCUGGGAACUGAAAACGCUUCCGUGAGACUUGACAAUAGCUCUGGUGCAAGUGUGGUAGCUAUCGACAACAAAAUAGAGCAAGCUAUGGAUCUGGUGAAAAGCCAUUUGAUGUAUGCAGUCAGAGAGGAAGUGGAGGUUCUGAAGGAGCAGAUCAAAGAACUCGUGGAGAAAAACUCCCAGCUGGAGCAGGAGAACAAUCUGCUGAAGACACUGGCCAGUCCGGAGCAGCUCGCCCAGUUUCAGGCCCAGCUGCAGACUGGCUCUCCUCCGGCCACCACGCAGCCACAGGGGACCACACAGCCCCCUGCACAGCCAGCAUCCCAGGGCUCAGGAUCAACCGCAUAGCCUGCUAUGCCCCAACAGAACUGGCUGCUGCUGUCUGAACUGAACAGACCGAAGAGAUGUGCUAGCGAGAAGCCGCCUCCACAGUCACCCAUUUCAUUGCUGUCUACGAAAGAGACGUGAGACUCACACGCUGUUCUCGCUUUCUCCCCAGUAUUAAGCACUCAUAUGCUUUUGGCUUGAAGAAAUGUACUAGUUGAGUGAAUUAAAGGUUAAUCAGAGAGUGAGCAUGGAUGCACCCUGUGCAACGUGGCAGAUGUCUGAGGAAUGGUUUAACUGACGCUGAGGAGCUGUGUGCCUUUCAACCCCUCCCCAGCUGCCCACCAAGAGCUCUGGGGCUUGCCUGCAUGGGGCUCGGAGGUGGGCUGCUCCUGGAGUUUUUGCUCUCCUCUCCUUCCCUUCAAAGAACUUGAGAGGCCAGAAACAAGACUGCAGUGGUGGGGGGAGGGGGAUGCAGUCCUUUUACAAAACCGACAACUGUCACCAAAGCUUAUAAAACACGAUAGUACUGUCCCUCUUUUCUGAAACAUCAGAAGACACAAAAUUUAGUGACAUAUCGGUGACAAGUAGCUGGGACCUAGGCUACCUUAUUAUGAAGGUUGUUUUGCUUGUUGUAUAUUUGUGUAUGUAGUAUAAGGAAUUUGUACAAUAGAUGACCGUCACUACUGUUUAGGUUGUACAGAUUGAAAUUUAGAUGUUCCAUUGGCUGUCUGAAAAGGUGUGGAUUGUCCUUUCUAGAGAUGUCCUUAAAAACUGCUUUGUGACAAAAACCACACCUGAAGAAAUUUUAAGAAUUUGGCACAGUUGUCACUUUGUGUAAUCCGGAAUCUAGCUGCUGAGUCUUGCAAAGUAAACGCCCUGUCGACUGGUGUCAGCUGAGCUGGUGAACACCCGGAGAAACGGUCAGAUGCUAAGGAAGUGGGUUUCCCUGUAGGGGUUUCUGCACCUCACCUGUAUAGUCGUUCUGCGCAUGUUCCCCACACAGUCCCCACUGUAUUUACCUGUUCUUGUCACCUUUCAAUAAAGCAUAUCAAAUGUUGAUACA